GCGGGGUGCUGCGAGCCGAAUCUCUGGACGCGAAACGUUCUUAAUCUACCGCGGCGACGGGCUCGAGCUGACUGGGCCUCAGGUGGGACGGGCUCACUCUCCCGCCGCAGCCGACGACUCAGGCGCCGUGGGUUGUCGGGCCCGGCCCUGUCGUGGUGCCAGAGAACCGAAGGCCCUGCUAGUCGAGGGAGGGGAGCUGAGGUACCUGUCGCGGCCUGCAGCUUUUACUCCAGGCCGGGCGGAGGCCACACGCACCUUGCCAGCGGGUUUUUCUAGGGGCUCUGUUAUUUGUGACCACAAUGAAAAGUUCAGACAAUGAUGAUGUGAUAACUGACAGACUUCCCAAGCUCAAGAGCUCAAACGAAUGGCUGGAGCCCCAGCCACUUUCCUUCAUGGAGGCAUUGGCUAGAGAAGACAUUGAUGAAGCUGUAUACGUGAUAUUAUUUAGAGAAAAUUAUGUUGCGAAGAGAUUGGAUACGUAUUUUCAGCAUCUGGAUGUUUUUAAGGAAAGAAGAAAAGAGUUGUUACAUAAAAAAUGGACUGAAAAUGUUGCAAAGCCUCUUCAGCAGAGAAUUACAGAAAAAGUAAUUUCAUAUAAAGGGUUGGAAAAAACAAAACAAGAGAAUUCUGAAUAUUUUUUAAAGCACACAAAUAAAACGGAAAUUAUAUUUGGAGACUUUUAUGAUCCUGAAGUAUACAAUCCUUUUUAUAUGACAAAAAAGGACUCAAAUUAUGGAAAGGUUACGGUCCCACCGUUCUGUGAUCCUCUGUUUAGAAGACAGCAAGAGUUGGAUGAAGAGCGGAGGGCUGUUUUUCAGUACAAGACGGGAAAACGAUGUACCUUAAAAGAAUUUAAAGAACUAGAGAAGGCCAGGCAGUAUGCCAGAUUGCCCCAGCUGACUUUCAGUCUCCACAGAGUGGUUCCAAAAGAGCAGCCCAAAGCUUCUGCAAGGCCUGUGGGAAGCAAAACUCGUAGCAAAUGCAGUCCUGAAAAGCUUGUCUGUGCAGAAGAGAAAUAUCCGCCUGAUAAAGAGAAAACGACUAGUGACCUAAGUCAGACUGUUUUUGAAAGGCAGUUUUAUUCCUUGAAGCUUGGCCAGGAGAGUAAAAAGCAUGAAAAGAAGAGUCUGGUUUUAGGAACCAGACGGCCCAGACCCAGAUCCUGGGCGGCUGGGGAAGGCCAGCAGAGGCAGGGGUCACAGCCCGUGGAAGGAAGAGUGAUGACAGCAGAGGUCCUAGGGCAGCACCUGGCCACCCCCGGAACUGCGCCCCAUAAGGGGCUGUUUGUAACAAAGCUUUGCUGACCUUUACUUUGCAGUGUCUCUACAACAGUUAAAACGCUGCCAACAUUUUUUCUCUCCAGAAGUGGAAAAACAGAAGAAAGAAAUAGAAAGUAGAAGAUCAGCAGUUUGCUUUGCUCAGUGCAGCUCAGCCUGACCAGCCAGACUUUCCCUAAAUUGAGGAAUAUCCAAAUAAUAAGUUACUGUUUAUUGAGCUCUCCUUGUGAAUCAGGAACUGCGUGAGUGUCAAUGUACUGCUCAGAUGCUGCCUUGAUCUUCUGGACCCAGGCCGUCCUGGAGGAGAAGCAGAGAGCGCCAUCGGGCAGAUUUCUCACACGUCUCACAGGUCCACCAGGAGCCCCAGAGCUCUGUGCUCGCUAACCUUGGCUUUGAGAAGUUCCCAAUCAUAGACUUCACAGUAAUUCAACUGAAGGACUUGUUUGCUAAUUGAGGAUCAAGCUGAGAAUUUCUAGAAAGUUCUUGACGGCACCAGGCACUUGUCAGGUGCUGGGCGCACAGAGAUGGAAGAUGCAAUGGCAGCUCAGCACGACAAAUGACAGGUUCUAUUGCACAGAGAGCUGUGCACACAGCGGAGGAGGAGCUACACCCAGAGGAUAGAGGACGCGUGGCUGGCCAGGCAGGGAGGGAGGAAGGCACCCAUGCAGAGGGCAGUGGGGGAGGGCAGACAAUCCAGCUGGAGUGCAGGGGUGGGACUGAGACCCAGAGGCACGGGACGGCCCCAGAGAGCAGGCGAAGGCGAACAGACUGUCCCUGAGGGAUUGCAGUAGGAAGUGAGGUGUUGGCUCUCCCACUUCAGAAGAUCCCGAGGAGAGGCUGGAAGCAGGGAAGUGUGUUAGAGGCGUUUGCGGUAACCUGGCACGUCUAAACCGAGGCCUUCCAGUGGGACUGUGGUGGAGGGGGAAUGAGUAGGGCGUGAGCAUGGGCUGGAGGUGGGUUUACGGCGGAGAGGUCGGGCUUUCUCCUAGGCCCCAAGGCAGGUCACGCGUGGUCAGGACUGACCUCUCGUUAACGUUGUCUGUCCGGAGGGUGUAGACCCGGUCAAUGUGAGAAAUGUGGAAGACAGGUUCAUCGCUGGAAGGGUCUGUGGGCAGUUUCACCAAGGCUUCAUUCAGGAAAAUGGGCUGAAAGAAUUAGGGCCAAAACACAGGCUGUGAAAUGGGUCAGAACACUCCUCCCUCCCAUGUCCAGAGAACUGUCUGUUCUGAAGAGCCUUGUAGAGGGGUCCAGCUUCCAGAGUCCUUUACUUAGGAGAAAAGAAACUGCCUCUGUUUCGUGAAAGUAAAUAUCUAGGGUAGAUCAGAUGUUACUAAAGUGGGGACAGGAGCUCCGAGUGUCUGUGACAGCUCACGUGACAGGGUCUCUCCUCCAGGCACUGACACUUGACCCUUCGUGUCAGCCUUGGUUUUACGGAGAGACCCGAUGCUGAAUGUGGAUGGAGGCGGGAUCACACAUCGUGUUUGCUGGGAAGCUGGAAUCCAUAGCUGGAAUCCAGCUGGUGGCUGUCAGAGGGCAGUGAAGGCCCAGCCACACUAGGCUUCUUCCCUGGGAAGUGACAAAGGAAGCGUGAGCCGUCUGGAGGCAGGUGGAGAGAGUCCCAUGAGGACAGGAAAGGCUCAGGCUGGGAAGGAGGUCCUUAAAGGAAACACCUCGUUGUGCUCUUGAUGCUACUGCCAGGAACGUUACACUUACCAUUUUAUACAUUUUGAACUGAGCGUUGGACUUAGAGCUGAAAAGUUUCUCCGAGCCCGAGGAAACAGCAAACUGCUUGACCAUGUAGGUGAGAAGCAGGAAGUCAUUGAAGAGGAACCCGUGCAGCUCCUUGUUGCUCUUGGUCUUGUACAGCUUUCCGCUGUGCAGGAGCUUGCGGGGCCCCAGGCAGUUGGUGAGGGAGUUGAAAACAAGUUGCUUAAAGAGAAAGAAACUGUCACUUUGUAACUCCCAGCACCCCUGGCGAGGCCAGUGCCCUGGACCUGAGGGAGGUGUGGUAGACCCUUCUAGGUGGGAAUGUGGCUGUAAUCAUUCACUUUUACACAAAAGAUCCUUACAUUUAUUUCUCUUCAAAGUUCAAACUGGCACAGUGAAAAUAAUUACUUACAAAACCACAGAAUACUGAUUCUACCGGCUGAAUUCAAAGAACUCAAAACACCUGUCUUUAUGAGAAAGGAGGAUGACAACCCAAGAAUGGGCAGGAUGGUGAGUCUGCAUGGGCUGAGCGGAGGCGUAGACUGUCUACACUAGGGGAAGGCACGAACCUGGUUCCCCACCCAGAGCCUGCCUGGCGGCACCCAGCUCAGCCCCACAGGCCUCACCUCCGCGAGACCUUCACACUGCACGUGAGUCUGGAUCCACUCCAGUCGGUCUGAAUUUUCCUUCUCCCGAACUCCUUCAUUAACUUGCGAGCAGAGCUCCUCUGCCCGCUCGAGGGCCAGCUUCAGAGAGGAGUGGUCUACGUGAUUUUCUGGGGUGUUCUCCAGAAUCUGGAAGAGAGGGGGCUGCGUCAUGUGGGAUGUCUUACGUCUUCCACCUGCCCUGCCAGCUGGGUGCUGGGCGCUGGAAAUACAAUAGUGGGCGAGACAGUCGUUUACCCUUGAGAGGCUCAGGGCCCCUGAGUUCUCGGGGAGACAGGUGACUCAGUGACAAGAGGGUGGGCCAAGCGCUACGUGGACCAAGUGCCCUGUGGGUCUCUGGUGGCUCUCUAGCUGGGUCUGGGGAUAGGCUGUAUGUGUAAGGGUGCCUCCCUACUUCCCCUAGUAACUUAAGCCAUGUGCCUUUAGGGUGAACCCUCCAGUAUAAACUGGCUGCACCUUUGAGAAGUAUGUUAACUUGCUGAAUAGCAACAUUUCAUUAUAUUUUUGGGGUCAUUGAUCCUUCUGAGAAAUCUGCUGAAAGCAAUGAAUCCCCUGCCACGGAAAAAACACAAUAAAACCAUGUUGUCAGCAUGUAGGAAAAUGCAUUCAUUUCAUUGGAAAGUGACUUCACACUAAUGUUCCAAAGGUAAAGGGAUAGAGGAUGCAAAUUUGUGUGGUCCCUCUGGAAAUUAGCGGGCCCAUCAGUAGACGACUCCUGUGCUUCAUUUACAGUUCCAAAAUGUGAAAAAGCUCUGAAAGCCUAAAGCUUUUUUCAUUACUCAUUUAGUGGCAAAACUUGACCUAAACUGAAGAGAUGUACUUUUUAAGUCUACUUAUAGUGAUUAUUCAUGAAUUUCACUGUAGAACUAUUAAUGUGUUGCUUAUCGGUGCUGCCCAGGCUUUGUUGGGGUGUCAUGUAAUAUACAGCAUUUGAAUUACAUUCUGAAUUCUGAAACACAUCUGGCCCCAAAUAUUUCAGGUAAGGGACUGUGGAUUAAUGUGUAUUAACGGGUCCAUUUGGUAUCAGAACUGUGACAUUAGCUCUGUAACAUAAGGUCUAUAUUGAGUUAACAUGGCUUACAGACCAGAGAUCAAGGCAUCGUCAAUAAAAGCAACAGUCUUAUAUUA